CUUUUACAGCAGCGCGGUAUCAUACCCGGCAUGCGCGCCGACACCGACUCGCACCCACACCCGCUCUCUCCCUCCGAGCCCAUGACCCAAGGCCACGACGACCUCCUCCCGCGCCUCCUCGCCGCGCGCUCCGCCGGCGCGCGCUUCACCAAAUGGCGCGCCCCGAUCCUCUGCGACGCGCACGCGCUCCCCACCGACGCCGCGCUCGCCGCGCAGGCCGAGGGCCUCGCGCGCUUCGCGGCCGUGAGUCAGCAGGCGGGGCUCGUGCCGAUCGUCGAGCCCGACGUCGACUUUGGCGCGGACGCGGACCUACGGCGGAGCGUCGAGGUGCACGCGCGGGCCAUCAGCCUCAUCUACGCGCGCUGCGCGGCGUACGGGGUGUUGUUGGAGGGCACGCUGCUUAAGCCGUCGUUCGCGCAGCCCGGGCUGAAGCACCCGUCGCGGGCGACAACGAGCGCGGGCGAGAUCGCGCGCGCGACAGCCACCACACUCGCGCGCUCGGUGCCUGUUGGGGUCGCGGGCGUCGUAUUUCUCUCCGGCGGACUGUCUGACGCUGACGCGGCGCUGUACCUGCACGAGAUUAAUCAAGUCGUCAACACGGCUCAGCCGCCUUCCGCACUCGCGCGCUUGCCGCCGUUGACGUUCUCGUUCGGCCGCGGGCUGCAGGGCGACGCGAUGCAGAAAUGGGUGCGUGGAGACGAGAAGGGGGCGAAAGACGCGUUUGAGGCGAGGGCAAAGACGUGCUCGAGCGCAGCGAAGGGCGAGUUGAAGCUAUGA